AUGUGUUUACAUUGUUGCGAAAGUCUGUGUUACUCAAACUGUCCAUCAAUGCGUGUCUGUUUUGAUAUACCGUGGUGCUUUAGGUCUACGCCGCGGCCCACGGUUGCGGAACCGAACCGGCAACGCAUGGAUACCACCGCCGAGGUGUUGCAGAAUGACCAUGUCCUCCAAGCAGCCACAGAGACGAAAAAUCUACCCCUGCAGGACCAAGUUCAAGGACUCCAGAUCAACUACAACCCCAUGAGCCAGAAUAAUAACUUAAAUUCACCUAAUUCCAAUAUACCCAGCAGAUUGCCAUCUCUGCAGGAGGUGGUGAUUGUCCAAGAUGGCCGACAGGGUAAAGGUGAUUUUGAUUUUAGUGGUAAUAAUAAUCCAGUGCACGAUGUGGCGACCAUAGAAACCAUGGUGGUAGAGCCUUUGAGGAUGGCUUUGGCGGAAAGGGAGAAGAAAAUAAGGUCUUUGGAGUCGGAAAUAGCUCAAUUGAAAUCGCAGCUGGACAAAUUCCAAAGUGUGUUUCCAUUCCGCGUCCAGACUCCUGGGGUCAGGGGACCUCCUACCCAAAGGCAGAGGGCUCAGGGUAUAUCUGCUGAACCUCAGAGCGAAAGUGCUGUCUUGGCUGCCGGAAAGAGGAGCUUUCCUAAGGUGGAGAAAGAUGAAAGAACCAAAAACAAACUUUAUACCGCAAUGUAUAGUACGGCUGCAGGAUAUGCUAAAACUAGAAGUUUAUAA